CCUCCAACAUUACGUCUUUCUCCUGUGUUUGUCUUUCCAGACCUCCUGCAGGUUGGAAAAGAGGAGGAUUUCUCUGAGCAGCAGCUCUGGAAACAGGAGAGGAAUUCCAGUUUGGACCAAGAGGAACCAGAACCUCUGCAGAUGAAAGAAGAGCAGCUAAAGCCAGAAGAUCCCUGGACUAAAGAGGAAACCAUGGAGCUCCCCAUCAGUGAGCAGGAGGAGCAGCUGCUUCUCAAGCAGGAGGAAGGAGAGACAUUUAUAGUGACUCCUCCUGCUUUAGAGAAGGACCACAUUAAACCAGAACCAAUCAGCAACCAAGUCAUCUUGCAUGUCUUUAGUGAUGCUCAGAACCAGGAUCCAGAAGCAAUUCAUCCAAAAGACUCCAGACCUGAGGCAGAUGAAGGGUUGAAACAGAGAUGUCAGGAAUCCACAGAGCAUAAAGAUGGUGUUAAAGGUUCAAAAACUGAAAUACAUGAAGAAACUCGCACUGAUAACAGUUUUCACUAUUGUACAUUUUGUGACGAUUGUUUUUCUCAAAGUAGUCACUUGGUUCAACACUUGAAAAGUCACAAUGGAGAGAAACCUUUCCCGUGUCUGACAUGUGGAGAAAGCUUUCUAGAACAAAAUAAAUUAACAAUUCACAUGAGAACUCACACAGGUGGGAAGAUUUAUGAAUGUCCAACCUGUGGGAAAAGCUUUAAAAAGAAAUACGUGCUGCAUAAUCACAUCAGAACUCACACAGGUGAGAAGUUGUUCUCCUGCAAAAUAUGUGGCAAAGGUUUUAUUCAAAAACGUAGUUUAAAGGAACACAUGAUGACUCACUCGGUUAAAAGUCCUUUUUCUUGUUUGACAUGUGGGGAAAGCUUUCUAAAAAAAACCCAUUUGUUGGUUCACAUGAGAACUCACACAGGUGGGAAGAUUCAUCAAUGUCUGACCUGUGGGAAAAGUUUCAUGAGUAAAACUGCUCUUGAUAAACACAUCAGAAUCCACACAGGGGAGAAACCCUUCUCCUGUGUCAUUUGCAACAGAAGUUUUAACCAAAAAAGUAGUUUGGCUGAACACAUGUCAACGCACUCAGAGGAAAGGCCUUUUUCCUGUAAGACCUGUGGGAAAACAUUCAAAAGAAAAAUGUUACUGAGUGAUCACAUGAAAACUCACACAGGUGAGAGGCCUUUUCAAUGUCCGUCCUGUGGAAAACGAUUAAGUCGCAAAACUCAUCUUAACGAACACAUGAGAAGCCACACAGGUGAGAAACCUUUUGAAUGUCUGGCAUGUGGAAAAAGCUUCACUCAUAAAUCUAAUUUUGAUGUACACAGCAGAGUUCAUACAGGGAUGAAGCCGUUCUCCUGUACGAUUUGCGGCAAAAGUUUCACUCAAAAAGGUCAUUUUACUGAUCACAUGAUAACUCACUCUGGGGAAAGACCCUUUUCCUGUAAGACCUGCGGAAAAACGUUCAAAAGGAGAAUCUUUCUGGACGAACACAUGAGAAGUCAUAGAGGUGAGAAGCCCUUCGAAUGUCUAUACUGUGGUAAAAGGUUGACUCGUAAAUCUUACCUCGAUGAACACAUUAGACUUCACACAGGUGAGAAGCCUUUUUCCUGUAUGAUUUGCGGCAGAAGUUUUAAUCAAAAAGGUCAUUUGACUUCUCACAUAAAGAGGCACAACAUGUGAAACAUAUAUGUAUGUGUGAGUUGUAAUAGUUGGAAUACUCCAAAAGAUUU